AUGGGCUGUAUCAGAGAUAUAAAUAACAUCAACAAAUUUUGUAAAGAUGAAAAUUCACUUAAGGCAGCUCGAGAGCCACCAAAUUCUGCUCGAAAUAACGGUACUACAGAUUCCAUUCGUGCAACUAAAACUUCUAAUAUGGUUACAAAUUCUACUUGA